GUCAGGGGAAAGAAACAGGAAUUGUAUUUAAAGAUGAGAGCGAUCUAUAUAGCGCUCAUAUUAUGUUGUUUUUAUGAACCUCUAAUCUCGCAAAACCCCAUCUGCGGCAUAAAGGCCUCUUUUGUGGGUAAGUGCAAGGGUUUUGCCUACAUUCCAAGGAAGCAUAGGUGUGUAAGGAUAUCUGGUGACUGUUCCGGAAGGGGAAACUUUUUCAAACGAUUCGCGGACUGCGAGGCGAAUUGUAUAGAUUUUGCCAAAGCCUAGAAAAGGCUAACAGAACGUACAGUUUCGACCAAACACGUCGCAAAUAAAACUUAAAAUCAAUUCUUGUUAGAAUUAUGGGACGUAAGUAAUACAUAAAUAUACGACAUAAUGUAUAUUGCUCCUCAAUGGCCAAACUGAGCCAUAAACUGCAAA